AUGCCACCUCUGCACACGCGAGCCCAAAAGGCCCGGGUGGUGGAUAUCAGCGACUCAUCAAGCCAGGCAUCCGAAGACAACAGCCCCCUAGCCAAGAUCGACCCCGAGGCCAACAGAGUCCGUCUUCACUACGCAGCCGCGAAUCCCGAUCGACCUAACGCGGGAACUAACGGCAGGUAUGGCAUGUUCUCUCAGGUCGACCCACGUCUUCCACCGCCUGCGACUCCGAGCAAGACGGUAGCGAAGUGCAAGAGAGCCACCUUGGAUAAGACGGGUAGUAACAAGAAGUCAGGAAUGAAAGACAUGCCAGGAGAGCGAGAGCAGAGCCCAUUGUUCGAGCCGGAGUCUGAUCCACAGCAAGAUGCAGACGCCGUCAUGCUGAGUCCGCCGUCGACGCCAUCAUCCAAGGUGCGCUUGCCAAGCCGCAAGAAGGGCAAGAGUACUACUACCCUCAUCUCUACCGUCUUCACUCCCGGUCGCCGUAGACAGAGACCCAUCGUCAUCGAGAGCGAAUCUUCGAGCUCUGAUUCUGACUCUGACACCAAUUCUAACAUUGUCGUAGCUACACACGACAACCUCACGACCAAGGCCACCAAAGACCUCAUCGCUACUUCUGCCAUGACUGGAGAUGUCUCAGUCGUCGAUGAGUACAUCGGCAUUCUCAAGGACAUCGCUACUUACUCUUCCAACAUUGCUAAGCAUGAGCAGGAUGUCGAGGAACUCGCCGAAGAAGAAGCCAUCGCAUCCCUCGCCAUCAACGGACUUGCAGACGCAGAGGGAGAAGAGUACGCCGCCAUUGCGCAAGCAUGCGCUCGGGGCAUACAGGAUGACAUGGCAGAUCCAAACAUAGCUACUGAUAUGGCCGCUAUCCAUGCUGCCGUUGAGAAGCGCAACAAGGAAGCCGAGGUGGCUCGUGCAGCUGUACCGGAGGUGAUGGUGGAGAGGAAGGAAGCGCUAGAAGCGAAGAAGAUGCAAGCACGCUAUAAGAGGGAGGCUCUGGAAGAGGAGAGGACGGACUUCGAGUGUGAGAAGUUGCAAGAGAGGAAGUCGGAGUUGGAGAAUCGGGGUGGCAUGGCCAUGGCGUUUGAGCUGGGCAAGAGGUCGGCGAAACAGGAGGGCGCAAGGGGAUCUCGGUGA